UUAUUUUAUGCAUCAGAGGUCAUAAACCUGAAAAAGGAGUUUCAAUUCAUUCUGGUUGUUUUUCAGAUUGGUUACAACUUUCAACUUUUAAUCAUAAAACUAUAUAUGGGCCGCGCCCAAUUUUAUUGCGGCCCAUAGAUAGAAUAUUUAUGAAAAAGGAAGCAACAGACCAGUGUUGAACGGCGGCGAUGGUGAUCGGAGUUUGAGUUAGAAUUGCCGGUUGUUGAAUCAAAGCGAGGGAUGAAUCAGGUGGUUUCCGGAUAGAUACAGAGACCCUGUGAUGGAGCCGUUGAUACUGUGGGAGCUGAAACAAAUCUCUCGUCCCGGUUUCUUCAAAAUAUUCACUAUGUUAAGCGAUUCCAUAUUCUAGAUUGAGUGACGAAGAACUUCAAGCAGCUUUUAUUUCUGAUAUCUGAGCUGCAGGUCUUCACAAAAUCAUGGCAAACCUUGAAGAUUCUUUUCUGGCAGAUCUUGAGGAUCUAUCUGACAAUGAUAAUGAGAACCUGGAUGAAGAUAACGGGGAUGCAGAAAACAUGGAAGAAGAUGUGAAUGGAGACUUAGCUGAUAUAGAAGCCCUCAACUAUGAUGACUUAGACAGUGUCUCAAAGUUACAAAAAACACAACGUUAUACAGAUAUCAUGAAAAAAGUCGAAGAUGCCCUUGAAAAGGGGUCAGAUAUGUCGAUCCAAAACCAAGCCAUGGUUCUAGAAGACGAUCCAGAAUACCAACUAAUAGUCGAAUGCAACACAUUAUCAGUCGACAUAGAAAACGAAAUUGUCAUAAUCCACAAUUUUAUACGCGAUAAAUACCGAUUAAAAUUUCCUGAACUCGAAUCUCUGGUUCAUCACCCGAUUGAUUACGCGCGUGUGGUCAAGAAAAUAGGAAAUGAAGUUGACCUAACCCUAGUUGACUUAGAAGGUCUUCUCCCCUCAGCCAUCAUCAUGGUUGUUUCAGUCACAGCCUCAACCACAAGUGGAAAGCCACUUCCCGAAAAUACCCUCCAAAAAACCAUCGAAGCAUGCGAUCGUGCCCUUACUUUAGACGCUUCAAAAAAGAAAGUUCUGGAUUUUGUUGAGAGUAGAAUGGGCUACAUUGCACCGAAUCUUUCCGCCAUUGUUGGAAGUGCAGUUGCUGCAAAACUUAUGGGGACAGCUGGCGGGCUGACAUCACUCGCAAAGAUGCCAGCUUGUAAUGUGCAGCUUUUAGGUGCUAAAAAGAAGAAUCUUGCAGGGUUUUCUACUGCUACAUCUCAGUUUAGAGUUGGGUAUAUUGAGCAAACGGAGGUUUUUCAGACUACACCUCCUGGUUUAAAGAUGCGGGCUUGUAGACUUUUGGCUGCAAAGUCAACUCUAGCUGCACGUGUUGACUCCAUCAGGGGGGACCCGUCUGGGAAACAAGGGAGAAUGUAUCGGGAAGAGAUUAGGAAGAAGAUUGAAAAGUGGCAGGAACCACCGCCAGCUAAGCAACCUAAGCCACUUCCAGUACCCGAUUCUGAACCCAAAAAGAAAAGAGGUGGGAGGCGAUUGAGGAAAAUGAAGGAGAGAUAUGCUAUUACAGACAUGCGGAAACUGGCAAACAGAAUGCAAUUUGGAGUGCCUGAAGAGAGCUCAUUAGGUGAUGGACUAGGAGAAGGAUACGGUAUGCUUGGUCAAGCUGGAAACGGGAAGCUGCGUGUAUCAGUUGGUCAAAGCAAACUCGCUGCUAAAGUUGCCAAAAAGGGCAAAGAUAAACAAUAUAGUAGUGGUGGGGCUACCUCUGGAUUGACUUCAAGUUUGGCUUUCACACCUGUUCAGGGGAUUGAUCUUAUAGAUCCACAGGCAGAUGCUAAUAGACUUGGGAGUGGAUCUCAGAGCACGUAUUUUUCAGAGACAGGAACUUUUUCAAAGAUCAAGAGGAUAUGAGAGCUUCCAGGCAUCAUGUAAUGUCGUUUUGAAUCGUAAGUAUUUGACUCAAACCUUUUUAACGUAUGUAUUAAAAAGGUUUAUUAUUAAUGUGAAAAAUGGUUAUGUUUAUCCAUCCUAUAAAUUGGAUUGAAGAUACAUUUAUUUGAUGAGAGUCUUAGGGUGGGUCAGGUGACCUAUAAAUGUGUUGCAUUCUAGGUUGCAGGAGCGGAUUGGGGUUGUUGGAUCUUUGAGUAAUAGUAUAUUUUACUUGUCUGGUGUCCAAUGUAUCAAACGCACCUAAUGGUGUUGGAACAUCUUCGCUGUUGUAUGUGGGGUAUAAUAAUGUAAUAUUACUAUUUUUUGUCCCUUGGUUUUCUAUAGUCAAAAUCUCUUUCAACAA